AUGCCUGCCUCAGUGUUUUUGUCAUCUUCAGGGACUCAUUCUCUUCGAUAUCUCUUCAUGGGGGCAUCACAUCCUGACUUGGGACUCCCUUCAUUUGUUGCCCUCAGCUAUGUGGAUGAGCAUUUAUUUGUAUGCUAUGAUCAUGAGAGCCAAAAGGCAAAACCCCGGGGCCCAUGGCUACAGAAGGAAGAAGAUGAGUUUUGGGUGAGAAUGACUCAAAGCCUGAAGGGAUGGGAUCACAUGUUCAUUAUUGACCUUUGGACUAUAAUGGACAAUCACAGUCGAGGUCAGGGGUCUCACAUAUUACAGGUCAUCCUUGGCUGUGAAUUUCUGGUGGAAGACAACAAGACCAGAAGUUUCUGGAAAUAUGGCUAUGAUGGUCAAGACUAUCUCACCUUUCAUCCAGAUACAAUGAACUGGACAGCAGUUCAGCCUGAAGCCCAGGCCACAAAGCAGGAAUGGGAGAUGAACAAGAUCCAGGCAAAGCAACAUAGAGCUUACCUAGAAAGGGACUGCCCUAAGCAGCUACAGAGAUACUUGGAGAUUGGGAGUGAAAUCCUGAAUAAGAAAGUGCCCCCAUUGGUGAGAGUAAGCCGACACAUCACUGAUGAAGGUGUUAUCACCCUGAGAUGCCAACCUCAAAACUUCUCCCCAGUGAACAUCACACUGAGCUGGUUGUGGGAUGGAAAACAACUGACCCAAGGAACUGAGCUUGGAGACAUUCAUCCUAGCGGAGACGGAACCUUCCAGAUCUGGAUGACUGUAGCUAUUACUCCAGGAGAAGAACAGAGAUAUGCCUGCCAAGUAGAGCACCCAGGACUAGACCAGCCCCUCAUUAUGACUUGGGAACAUCAUCCACUGACUGUCACCCUGGCUACUGGGAUUACCACUGGGAUCAUCGUUAGCAUCAUCAUUACCACCAUAGCUGUGAUCAUCUGGAAAAAAAGGAAGGUGUCAAGAGGACUGAGAAGGAACUAUAUCCAGAAUAAAGGUGAGUGA